UCCAAGGCUGGAGAAACUGUGUAGCCAGGGCUGGAACCCCGUCUCUGCCCCUGAAGCCCCCUUCUCACACAGCCUAGAAUACGUGGACUGCUAAGCCGGUCAUUUCGGGAGAAGAAUUUAUUGCCAUGUACACUUACGAGAGUUCUGAGCAAGAGAUUUAACCUUUCAGCAAGGGGAUGUGAUUUUGGUUACCAAGAAAGAUGGUGACUGGUAGACAGGAACAGUGAGCGACAAGACCAGAGUCUUACCUUCUAACUAUGUGAGGCUUAAAGAUUCAGAGGGCUCUGGAACUGCUGGGAAAACAGGGAGUUUAGGAAAGAAACCUGAAAUUGCCCAGGUUAUUUCCUCACACACCGCCACCGGCCCCGAGCAGCUCACUCUCACCCCUAGUCAGCUGAUUUUGAUCCGAAAAAAGAACCCAGGUGGAUGGUGGGAAGGAGAGCUGCAAGCACGUGGGAAAAAGCGCCAGAUAGGCUAGUUCCCAGCUAAUUAUAUAAAGCUUCUAAGCCCUGGGACGAGCAAAAUUACUCCAACAGAGCCACCUAAGUCAACAGCAUUAGCGGCAGUGUGCCAGGUGAUUGGGAUGUACAACUACACCACGCAGAAUGAUGAUGAGCUGGCCUUCAACAAGGGCCAGAUCAUCAACGUCCUCAACAAGGAGGACCCUGACUGGUGGAAAGGAGAAGUCAAUGGACAAGUGGGGCUCUUCCCAUCCAAUUAUGUGAAGCUGACCAGACAUGGACCCAAGCCAGCAAUGAAUCAUAUGUUGUCCAUCCCCCCCUCAGGCUUGAAAGUCCUCAAAGAGACCCACUAUCCCAUAUCACUGCCCAGAGGGAUGAUGGGAGAUGCAGCCUUGAUCAUGUGACUUCCAGCAUGAUCACCUACUGCCUUCUAAGUAUAACUCACUGCAGAGCAGUUUACCUCAUUUUACCUUAGUUGUAUGUGAUCACAAUGUUUGAGUUAUUACUUGCAGAGAUAGGAGCAAAAAUUACAAAAACACAGGGUAGUGGGUCCUUUUGUGGCUUUCCUAGUUACUCAAAUUGACUUUCCCCCACCUUUGCACAGGUGCUUUCAAUAGUUUUAAAGUUAUUUUUAAAUAUAUAUUUUAGCUUUUUAAUUAACAAAAUAAAUAAAUGAAAAAAAAAAAG